GAAUAUUUGACAUCAUGUCUGAAGAAUUCAAAGGAAGAACAAAUCAUAAAAUCCUCCGCAGGGCAACUUUUACUUUUACAAGGAUUAAAGUCACAGAACUGUUCUGCACUUCAAGAGAACAACAAACAAAACAGCUGCUCAGACAACAACCAGGAAGUCUCCUCUCAUCUGCCCUGUCAUUCUUCCUUGCUCUCCCACACUCAACCCCAGUCAGCGAGAUUUCCCACCAACAUUCCCCAUCAACCGCAAGGUUUCUCUCUUGAGCUUUCAUCUCAUCUCCCGCCUCCUUCCAUCCUCCCUCACUCCCACCAAUUCCACCACCUCGCCCCCUUGCUCGCUCAACAUCCCCUCUGGCCCAGGCAGGAUCAACCAGGCUGGGAUUCCCUUCAGUCCGAGAACCCCUUGUCCUGGACGCCAGGUGCUACUGGGAUCCCCUCAGCCUUUGAGGCUCUGUGGGGUCAGCUGCACAUGGAUGACCCUCCACACGAGAGGUUGGUGGAGUUUGAGACAAGAAGAGCACCAAGAGAGACAGGUGGUGAGAGCAGGAGCAGUCACUGCUCCCAGGAGCUGGACAUUAAUCCGGUUCGUCUGUCCAGUGGCCAGGCGGAGAGCAGUGAGAGUGGCAGGGACUCCAGUCAGUCGAGCAGAGAGAAGUGGAAGAAGAGAGAGAAGAGAGGAGAAACAAAGCGUACGUCCUCAUCCAGAGAAAGCUGCAGCUCUCAGGACUCAUCUCAGACUUCCAGUGCAAUUGUCAUUGCUCGAGUCCCAGUGGUCCACAGCGAUGCCUCGUGUGGGAACAGCAAGACAAGCGGGGGUCAGACGACAAAGAGGAGGAGUGGGGGACUCACUUUGGGAUCACCACUGAUCGAGAAGGUGGCGAAUGACAAGACCAAGAGUGAAGGAGAAGACUCUGAGAAUCACAAAGUGGACAGUCACUCCACUGGAGAGGAGUCAGGGAGUCAGAGUGAGGACUCCAGGAGCAAAGAUGCAGAGAACCAAAGUCCUGUUGACAAAUCAGACAGAGAGGAGGAAUCAGAGAGUGACAGUGUGAGGAUUGAAAAUGGAGAUGCAGAAAAAGAAAUUCAGGAGAGCAACGGUGGAGCUGAACAAAGCAGUGAUGAAGAGACGGAUGAGGAAGAAGAGGAGCAUAAGAACGAUCUUGGAGAUGGGGAGGAAAAGAAGAAGAGUCAGGGAGAUGAAGAGAAAGACGUGAGACACUUGGAUGACGACGACGACGACGAUGAUGAUGAUGAUGAUGAUGAUGAUGAGGUUUCUGGCAGGAAGAACACAACAGAGGAAGAGCAGACAGAAGCAGAGGAGGAGUCCGAGGAUCAGGGAGAUGAUGAAGACAGCAUUAAGGAUGAAGAUGGGGAGAAGAGAAAACAGGGUUCUACCUCCUCUCAGGAUGAAGAGGAGAACGAAAGAGUCGAAAACAAGGUAUUUGAAGUUGAGCAGGGGUCUGAUGAAGAGGAGGAUGGAGAGGGAGAGGAGGAAAAGGCGCAGAGGAGUGACGAAGCAGGGGAGGAGGAAAGCGAUUCUGAUGACAGUAUCAUCUCACCACAAGAAAACAGACUGAAAAAGAUUCACAUAAUUCAAGAGGAAGCAGCUGAAGAUGAGGACAAUGAUAAGUCAGGGAGUAAAACAGGAUCCUCAGACAGGGAUGAGUUCAGCGAGGACGAUAUCGAGAAUCUCCUCGCACCUCAACAACAAACAAAGAAAACAGGCAAGGACCUGAAAGUUGAUGACAAGACUAAAGCUACUUGUGACAAUGUGGAGAUUUUUCAAGUGGAGGACAAUUCAAAAAAGACGGACCAACAAAGUGAUUCGGAUGACAUUGAUGACUUUUACGACUAAACCUGAGAAUCCAUCAAUCCAUUAUCUACACUGCUCAUCAUGUAAGGGUCACAAGGGGGCAGGCUGGAACCUAUCCCAGCUGAUACUGGUCGAGAGGCAGGGUUCACCCUGAGCCAACAGAUAGCUCCAGGGACAUUCAUGCCUACUGCACGUCUUGGGACUGUGGGAGGAAGCCAGAAUACCUGAAGAAAACCACCUCUGUACCACCUUGCCACCCAUAAUUGCAUUAUUGAUGUUUUUGCUGCCUAAAGUUUAUAGCUUUAUUUCUCAUUUGAACAGAACCACAGAUAAAAGGAUAAGUACAGGAAAGGAGCAGACUGUGAAACAAAAGAAGCAUUUUCAACUGUUGGUGUGGAGGCAACACAAACCACAGGUGGACAAUAACAUUCUC